AUGCCCCCGGCAGCACAGGGCCAGCAGCCCAUACUACGCCUGUUGGCCCGGCCGACGACACCGGCGCACGCCCCUACCCCGGAGGAGUCCCUGCUGGACCUCCCCGCCGACCCGGAGCACGCCCGCACCAAGAAGUGGUCCUACUGGGCGCUGGUCAUCGUCGGCUUUGCCCUCGCGGUCGACUACUCCUCCACGCUGAUGAGCAUCCAGCCCCUGUACUACCUGGUGAAUGGGCGCCAGUCCCUGUACGGCCUCACCUUUGGCUCCUACGACCUCGCCUCCCUCAUCUUCGCCCCCGUCUUCGGCUGGUGGGUGGACCGCACCAACCGCUUCAAGGGCGCCACGCUCCUGGGCGUGGCUCUGAACGCCGUGGGAAACUACAUCUACGGCUUCACAGUGCUGGCGGGGGAGUGGUGGCUCAUGCUGCUGGCAAGGCUGGUGGCGGGCGCCGGCGCGGCUGUGCUUGGCAUCGGUGGCUCCUACAUCACGCGGACCUCCACGCUGAGGAAGCGUCAGGCCAAACUGGGGCGGUACCGCAUCACGCAAAACGUGGCCCGCUCCGUUGGGCCGCUGAUCGGGUUCAUGUUCCUGGGCCUGCCCUCCCCCACCUUCUCGUCCAGCGAUGCCAUCAAAGUCUUCAACUGGUACACCAUCCCAGGCUGGCUGGCCGGGUUCAUCGUCACGGCUCUCUGCUUCUUCUACAUCUGGGGCUUCACAGACCCCACAGCCGAAAACGAGCACUUUGUGCAGGAGGAGGGCGUUCCCUUCAUGACCGACGCCGCGCGGCGCCGCAACUUCCAGGUCUUCUUUGGGGUCUGGAUCACCCUCUGCGGCCUCGUCUCCAUGCUGACCAUGGCGCAGUACUCCAACCUGUUUGGCCUCUUUGCGGGGCAGUACCGUCAGAUCUUCCAGCAGUCUGAUGUCUGGAGGGCAUUCAUCGCCGCGGGCGGCGGCUCCAUCGGGGCCGCGAUAGUGUACCGCAGAGGCAUGAGACGCCUGCCCCAGCUCUUCAACGAGCGCACUCUCCUCCUGGUCACCGGCUGGGGUCUGGUCGUGGGGUUCCUCCUCCUCAUCCCCUACAAGGGCUCGGACUGGGUCCCGCCCCCGGCCCUGUUCUACGUCGGGACUGCUUUCCUGGGCGCCUCUUACACCUUGAGCAUGACCUGCAUGGAGACCUUCCUGUCCAAGAAGGUCACCCAGUUUGCGGACGUGGUGGGGAACAAUAUCGGCAAGUACCUCAGCCUCUUCUACAUGGCCAUCAGCGCCGGGCGCUUUGCCGGGCCGCUGAUCGUCGGGUCCCUCACCCGCAUCUCCACGCCCAACGGGGACACAUUUGUCUGCACCACGGGCUGGAUCUACGAGCCCACAGGCGACGUCCUCUGCACAGGACCCGCCGACCAGCAGUGCGGGGUGACCGCCAGCGACUACUACCUCGGUGGCUGUGUUCUGUACCGCGCCCUGCCGGUGUACGCUGCCAUGGCGGGGAUGCAGGGCGUGGUGAUCAUCGUGAUGCAGCUGGUCCUCUGGCGCAACUGGAGCUACAAGAACCGGCUGGCCGGGGAGAAGCCGCUGCCCAGCCCCGCCCUCAAGACCACGGCCGAGGCCCAGGAGCACGCUGUGCCCACCUGA